CCCAGUGACAGGGGCUCGGCGGAGGGGCGGAGGGAGGGGGGUGGGCCCGCGGAGCCCCCGAGGGCGGGAGCGACGCCGCCGGCGCCGGCCGGGCUCCCUGCGCGACCGCGCCGCCCGCGGCGGGCCCCGAGCAGCAGUAGCAGCAGCAGCAGCAGCAGCAGCAGCCGCCGAGGCCGGGCGUGCGCCUGAGGCGCGGCGGCGGCGGCGGCCCUGCGGGCGGCCGGGAGGGGCGGGGGCAGCGGCCGCCGCCGUUUGAUGGAUCCGAGGAUCGCCUGGUUCCAGCCAGAGCAGCUCGGACCGUCCAACAGUCUGUGGAUGCAGAUCUGGGAGACGACCCAGGGGCUGAGGAACCUCUACUUCAACCACCACUGUCACAGCAGCGGCGGUGCGAGCGGCGGCGGCGGCAGCAGCACGGCCACCGGCGGGAGCGGCAGCAGCACCGGCAGUCCGGGCGGCGCGGCCCCGGCCCCGGCCCCGGCCCAGGCCGGCAUGUACCGCUCCGGGGAGCGCCUGCUGGGCGGCCACGCGCAGUCCGCGGAGCAGCGGGACUUCCUGCCCCUGGAGACGACCAACAACAACAACAACCACCACCAGCCCGCGGCCUGGGCCCGCCGGGCUGCCGCGGGCUCCUCGGCGUCCCCGUCCCCCUCCGUGUCCUCGUCCCCACACUCCUCCGCCGCCGUCCCCGCCGCGGAGCCCGCGGACCCGGCCUCGGGCAGCAGCAACAAGAGGAAGCGCGACAAUAAGGCCAGCACCUACGGACUCAACUACAGCCUGCUGCAGCCCAGCGGAGGGCGGGCCGCGGGGGGCGGCCGGGCCGACGGCAGCGGGGGCGUGUACAGCGGGACCCCGUGGAAGCGGAGGAACUACAACCAGGGAGUCGUGGGUCUGCAUGAAGAAAUCAGUGAUUUUUAUGAAUACAUGUCUCCGAGACCGGAGGAAGAAAAGAUGCGGAUGGAGGUGGUGAACAGGAUCGAGAGCGUGAUUAAGGAGCUCUGGCCCAGCGCUGACGUCCAGAUAUUUGGAAGUUUUAAAACUGGCCUGUAUUUACCUACUAGUGACAUUGAUCUUGUGGUAUUUGGGAAGUGGGAGAACCUUCCCCUCUGGACCCUGGAAGAAGCUCUCCGGAAACAUAAAGUUGCAGAUGAGGAUUCGGUCAAAGUUCUAGACAAAGCAACUGUACCUAUUAUUAAAUUGACAGAUUCUUUUACUGAAGUGAAAGUUGAUAUCAGCUUUAAUGUACAGAAUGGCGUGCGAGCAGCUGACCUCAUCAAAGACUUUACCAAGAAAUAUCCUGUAUUACCGUACUUGGUUUUAGUAUUGAAACAAUUCUUAUUACAGAGGGACCUUAAUGAAGUAUUUACAGGUGGAAUUGGUUCUUAUAGUCUCUUUUUAAUGGCAGUCAGUUUCCUUCAGUUACAUCCCAGGGAAGAUGCUUGCAUCCCCAAUACAAACUAUGGUGUUCUUUUAAUAGAAUUUUUUGAAUUAUAUGGACGACACUUCAAUUAUUUAAAGACUGGCAUCCGGAUAAAGGAUGGUGGUUCGUAUGUGGCCAAAGAUGAAGUACAGAAAAAUAUGCUUGAUGGCUACAGGCCAUCGAUGCUUUAUAUUGAAGAUCCUUUACAACCAGGUAAUGAUGUUGGAAGGAGUUCAUAUGGGGCCAUGCAAGUGAAACAGGCCUUUGAUUAUGCCUAUGUUGUUUUGAGUCAUGCUGUAUCACCAAUAGCGAAAUACUAUCCCAACAAUGAAACGGAGAGCAUAUUAGGUAGAAUAAUUAGAGUAACGGACGAAGUUGCCACGUACAGAGAUUGGAUAUCAAAACAGUGGGGCUUGCAGAAUAGGCCUGAGCCUUCAUGCAAUGGAAAUGGUGUUACCUUGAUAGUAGAUACUCAGCAGUUAGAUAAAUGUAAUAAUAAUCUAUCUGAAGAAAAUGAAGCCCUUGGAAAAUGUAGAAGUAAAACUUCGGAAUCUCUUAGUAAACACUCUUCAAACUCUUCAUCAGGUCCAGUGUCUUCCUCUUCUGCCACACAGUCCAGCUCUAGUGAUGUCGAUUCUGAUGCGACACCAUGCAAAACCCCGAAACAGCUGCUCUGCCGUCCGUCCACUGGGAACCGGGUAGGGUCGCAGGAUGUGUCCUUGGAAUCAUCCCAGGCGGUUGGGAAAAUGCAGAGCACCCAGACCAGUAACACCUCCAACAGCACCAACAAAUCUCAGCAUGGAUCAGCAAGGCUCUUUCGUUCUUCCAGCAAAGGCUUCCAAGGUACAACUCAAACAAGCCAUGGUUCCUUGAUGACAAACAAACAGCAUCAAGGCAAAUCAAAUAAUCAGUAUUACCAUGGCAAAAAGAGGAAACACAAGAGGGAUGCUCCCCUCUCAGACCUUUGUAGAUAGUCGGCGUUGUGCGAUGGACUGUCUUCUGUGUGCAAUGGUCUCAUGCUCAGGACAGUUGGAUAGGGACUCCUGGCACUCGGGAGCCUUACACUGUUCAGACUUUGAUUUAGCAACUGCGUUUUUUCCCAGCUCGCCACGGAAUGGAUCAUGAAGACUGACAACUGCAAAAACAAAAAGCAAGCAAAAAAGGGGGAAAAAAAAAAAGGCUGCUCAUUUGAUAAGUCAUAUGCUACAACAGGGUCAUUUUAAGAUUUAAAGCUUGAAUGUAAAAUAAAUAUAUUUCUCAUUGGCUUUAUGCAGAGUUAUAGGGAAUAAUAUUCAGUGUGGGUAGGGUGAUAGGAACAAAAACCAAUUUCAGAGGAUGGGGUGGGGAAAGAAAACAAAAGUAUCUUAUAGGAAGUCCAGAUUCCAAAGGGGAAAGUGAUCUGUGCAUGUUUUCUUUUUUUUUUUUUUUUAAUAUUUUUGCAUAUAUUUACCAUUUUAUUGUGUGUAUAUAUAGAUGACCAUAUAGGAAAUUGAUAUUUGUAAUAGUGGAUUUGUUAAUACUUUUUACAUAACAUUACUGUUUAAAUUGUAAACAGAUUUUUCUCAGGAUUAGUUUCAAAAAUAAUCUGAAUUGUCAUCUUAACAUCCAUAUAUAGGGAAGUGAUUAGUUCUAUUACUCAAUUUGUUUUCCUCAGCAUUGAAAUGACUUACUCUAGAACCCUUGUGACCUGCUGCAAAAAUUUUUCCUCUAAAGAAAAGGUUUAUGGUGGCAAAUGACGUUUUAUUUUGUAAAAAAAAAAAAAAAAAGAAAGAAAAAAAGAAAAGAAAAAAGAAAAAAAAGAAAGAAAGAAAAAAAGAAAAAAACGUACUAUGUACUUUUGUGUAAACACUGAAAAGCUCUAGUCAUCUCUAAGAAUUAACUUGCAACUGUUUUCUAUAGUGCUGUCGUCUUGGGCAAUGGGCAAUUACAUGACUUUGUGUUUGUUUCCUUUGCAGUCUUGUUUUGUUUUGUUUUUCUUCCUAAUAGGGGAAAAAAAAAAAAAAAAAAAAAAGGCCGCCCGCGUCUGGUCCCAUUCCUGUUGCGGUGAAACCCCGAGUCCCACAGACUUUGCAUGCUGGCUCCCACCCCUGUGUGCAGCGUGUGCUUGGUUCUCUCGUCUCUUCUUCUUUUCUAAAUCCAUGCUUAACUACUGUGGGAGAGAAUAACUGUAAACAGCUUUAAUUAAAUCAUACUUAUAAAAAACUAUUUUCUUAUACUCCACUUUAUGCUUUUGGUAUUGUUGAUCUUUAAAAAUUAAAUGGUCUUUGAUAAUGGAUCUAUUUUGUAUUGCCUUAUUAAGACCAAAUACUUCUUGUCAUCCCAUUCUUUAUCCUCUCCUUCCAUGGAAUUGUUAUCUUUAAUUAAAACUUUUUAAAACA